ACGUGCUUUGCAACUCGUAUCACCUCUAGGCUGUGUUUGUACUUAAGACAUACUAUCAGGAUGCUGCGCUCACAAGUAUCUUUGGCUCUGACAGUAACAGAUACCAGAAGGUAAUUCAAAAGCAACAUGAAGUCUGGAUUUUUUCAGAUGCUGAGGAAGAAGAAAGAGUUGAUUCCUCUCAUCGGCUUUAUGGCAUUUGCUGCUAUAGGAGCCACCUCUGCGUCCCUCUACUUCCUCUUCACGAAAACAGAUGUCAUUUUAAAUAAAAGCAGAAACCCUGAACCUUGGGAGAAGCUGGACCCAUCGAAACCACAGAAGCUGAUUACUAUCAACCAGCAGUGGAAGCCCAUUGAAGAGCUGGAGCUGGUCAAGAGUAUGACCAAGUGAUUGUCUUGCUUAACUCUAUCUCUGCUCACUCUUGCUCUUCUAUCAUUUCUGUCCUCUCCCUCCUUUUCCUGAAUACUUACUGGACAUCCUGAACGAGAGCCCAUCAGACUGCAGCCUGCCAAGUGACUCUUACAAAAUCAGUGUGCGGAAGUGCUCCUGGGGAAUUCCUGUGUUUCGUAUUCUCCCCUUGGUGGAAAACACCCACAGCUGCUGGAUGUGGCCAAUAUGAAAAGGCAACAAACAGUAAAAGCAUUGGUUUGUGUCUUAAAUCAGCGUUCUGUCUGUCCCAGAGAUGCACUUCUCAUGCAAUGUGUUGCACUGUAAUUGCAUCAUAAAUGUGUUUGUGAGAUGUUGUGUUUGUCAGUGUGACAUGCGUGGUUGAACGUGGGUGUGGUAUAUACCAUUAACAUGGGGGUCAUUUGGGUUGCGCUCCUUGUGUGACAUUAAGGGACAACCCUCACUAACCUUCUUACUGACAAGUCUCCUCUCAGAGAACGAUGACACCUUAAAUCUCCCCCUUGUAAAGCUUCUGACUAUUCUGAUUAUAAUGUAGCUGACAUUACCAUGGAUGUACAUAGGUUGUUUAACUAUUGGCUGAGCUCCCAUUCAUGUCACAUGACCAGGAAGUCUGUCUCACUGUGACCUUGACGUUCAGGGCGAACCCACAGAGCACGGCCGUUUCCCCUUUCACCAUUGUUAUUCGUGUCAGUUUCAAAAUCGUCACACCCCAUCAGGCCAGGAGCUGAGCACAGUAGUAAAGUUUAAUGAUUAAAGCUACAAUCAGGCAGUGGGUAUAAAACAUCCCUGGUCUGAAGGUAAUGUAAACCAAAAGGCCCAUCCAUCUAACAAACUGCUUUGUUGUGUUGCCGGGGAACCAGAUGUGGUGGUUCAGUACCACAGUGGUACAUUUACCAAUGCCUGAGGGUCUCACAUAUGAUGGUGCACAUUUUCUCAACACUGUCAAAGUCUCCUGGAGUUGGUUUCAGCCUGACCUAGUAACACUUGAGCAACUUCUUUUGUUAGAUCUGGCUCCUGGAAGCUCAAUCAACAUUUUUGUCCGUUGAAUGCGUUCCGCUCCAAACACUUAGGUGCUAGCCAGUGCUUUCUGCUUGAGCAGUGUGAUAAGAAAAUAACUUGGCGCUCUUCCGAGCCAGCCAGAAGUUAUUGCAAUGUGACAAUCCCAAGUGUGCAAAAAGGGUGUAACUUUAUUAUAAAACUUCAAGUGUUUCAAUAUAGCUUAAUAGUUAUUUAUGUUGCUUGGUGAUGUGUGUCAGUCAACAGUCGUUUUGAUCUUCUCAAACACAACAUUAUUUUCCAAAAAAUGGAAUUCACUUGCCCGUAUUCCAUCAGCUUGCCUUAGUGGAUUAAUGCCAUGUCAACUACAGUGAUCCUGAUGAUUUCCCUUUGUCAAUAGUACAUGUGGACUUGCAGCCACGGAGUGAAAGUUGAGGACAUGGCAACAUAAACUUAAUCUAUCCAUUGAUGUCAUAAUGUCUGCCCAGACCUCAUUUGGGUAAAAGUUUCGGAAGACAUUAAACAGCAAAACUUUAUUUGAAGGGGUGUGCAUAAGAGUGAGAUUACAUUGUCAUGAUUCUGUCAUAGCCAUGACAUGACACAUGUGAGAAUCAUUAUGAAUGUUUAUGAAUGUUGUCAUUAGGUGUCAUUCGGUUGAUUAUGUCAUUUUUUAUGCAAGGUUGACAUUGUUUGGGAUGUCUUUGUUAUGACAACUUGACAUUAACUGAGACAACAUAACCUGUCAUUAACAUGGACCUAAUUAUCAAAGUUGAAAAAACUAUUUAGCCAGUAUUCUGUCUGCCAUAAAAGGAACUUUCCUGAGACUAGUGCUCAUACUCAGCAUAUUGAGCAUGCAUGGCAGAAAUACAAAUUGGAAAUAUGGAGUCAUAAAGGUAAUCGCACUCCUGAGUCACUGAAGAUUCACCUCAAAAUGAUAGUGGCACCACUGGUUAGCCAUAUGCCAUUAUAAUGGUGUCUUGGGCAGACGGGUGGAUGGAUAUCCUGUAUCAACCGUAACAAAUUACAGUACUGUGUUCUUGCAAAAAACUACAUGAGUUUAUGUCCUGUGUCAACAUGAACAAAUUACACUAUACUCUGUUUGUUAAUUCAUUUGUAAACCAUUAAUAAAGUAAGGGUUAUCACUGUUAA